UUCACUUUCAACUUUUCCACACGAGGCCCGACUUGCUCGAAAGCUGUUUUUAUAACUACACACAUCAGUCAGCACACAACAAAAUUUCGGGAAUCAUGUUCGAAUGCAUAAGUUUCUUGUUCCUGACUGCCCUGGCCUUCGUGGCCUGGGCCGUUCUCUGCUUCCAGCACUUCGUCCAGGUCCAGACGCGGCUCUCCUCCGAUUUCCGAGUCGAAUUAUACACAGAGCGUCCUGCGAUUACGUUUGAGCCGCAGCUGUGCCACAGUACCUCAGAGGAGAGUAGCUCCGACAGCUCCUACCAGUUCGCGACGAGCUUCGGCGUGAUCUUUGCCUUGACCUUUGGUCUGUCCAAGCUGCUCCAACUGGCGGAGCUGCAGGCCAAAAGGUAUUUCAAGAGCAAGAAGACGCUUUAUCACCAAUCUGCUGCCAAAGUGCAGGAUCCAGUUGAUGAGCAGAAGGGGCCAAGCCAGCAGAACGAUUCGAAUCCCUUGGAACCCCUGCAGGACCACAAUGAAAAUCUGAAGGAGCAACUCAGUAUUCUGCAGUUGCAGUGUCUGGAAAUGCGCGAACUUCUGCACGAGCUGGAGAUCAGCAGCAGCUCCAGUAGCUAUGAGAGUGUCAGAUCCGGAAACCGGCUGGCAAUGGCCAAGUCCUCCGAAGAAUCAAUGGUGGUGUGGCGGCGAUCGGACUCCCUGACCGGUACGGUCUCCGGCUCAUUGCACGCCGAGAAGGGCAACUCCCCCUCCACCCAAAACAUCUACAUCACCAACAGCCACUUCCACAUCAACGGACAGGUCUAUCUGACCGAGAACCACGUGAACGUCGAGCUCAGCCAGAACGCUUCUAUGUUCGGUCGGAGGCAGAGCGAGUUCCUCCAGGUGGCGGGAAGGUUCAUCUCCGGACCCAAGAAGAUGCCCAUGAUAACGGGCCUGCGGUGCCACAACAUCCUCAUCUGAGGAGUCUCCAAAAUCAACCAUAUCACUCGGAAUAAACAAUGUUUCUUGCAAAUCAA